AUGGAUUUGGUAGAUGAACACAGUCUUUUGUUAUCACUUUUAAAUGAAAAUGCUGAAUCAUUUUCAAAAUCACUCGGUAAUAGUGCUGUAACAUCAAAUAGCACAGAUUUAACAUCCACUCAAACAUCUUCUACCUUGUCUGAUACCUAUUUGACUUAUUUACAACAACUAUUUACAUAUGAUACUGAACGUUUAUAUCGUGAAACAGAACAUUUACGCGAUGAAAAAUCACAACUGGAAAAUGAUAUGUUAACGUUAACGUUUGAUCACUAUGGCACAUUUAUCCGUACAGCUGAAUGUUCAAAAAAUAUUUCAAAUGAUUUUCAAUUAAUUGAAGAACGUUUGUCUAAAAUUCUAUUACAAUUAGAUGAUUUCUCGUCGUGUUGUUCAAAUUUUACCAAAUCAACAGAACAAACAAAUUAUUUACGAAAGCAGAAUAUGUACACGUUACAAAAAUAUUCACAACUAUUAGAAAUAUUAGAAAUUCCACAAUUGAUGGAUACAUGUGUGAGAAACGAUUAUUAUGAUGAAGCACUAGAAUUAGUUACAUACGUUAAACGUUUAGAACGAAAAUUUUCAUCGUCAACGUCAACAACAACAAAAAGUCGCACUGUAAAGGAGAAAACGCCUCAACCAUCCGCUACGACAAUUCCAAUAAUCACACAAAUUAUUCAGGAUGUUCGAAUAUCGUUAGAGUAUAUGCUCGAACAAUUACAACAACAAUUACAAGCGCAAAUACAAUUGCCAGCAUGUUUAAGAAUAAUGGGCUUUAUUCGACGAAUGGAUAUAUUCAAUGAAUUAGAAUUAAGAUUCGUUUUUCUACAUUCACGUACAACUUAUUUGAAUAAACGUUUACAAUUGAUUAAUACAAAUUAUCAAAAUGAUUAUUAUGAGCAUGCAUCGAAAUAUAUUGAUGAAACAAGAAAUAUUCUAUUUGAUAUUGUCACACAAUAUCGAGCGCUGUUUAGUGAUGAUGACACAACAUUGUAUGUGACAUUUAAUAGAAAUGAAUAUAUUAAAGAAACAAAUUUAUUUCGAUCAUGGUUAAUACAUAGACUAAAUGAAUUUUUGCAUGUACUACAAAUCGAUCUACAACAUUGUGCAGGUUCUCAAUAUCAACGUCUUGAAUCUCUUCUUGGUCAAGUGAUGUAUUUUGGUGCAUCGUUUUCUCGUUAUGGUUUCGAUUUUCGUCCAUUAUUUGUGCGGUUUUUUUCUAAUUCAGCUGUGACUAAUUUUCAAAAUUCUAUUAGUGAUGCCAAUUCAAUAUUUGAACAAAUUAUGCAUUCGUACACAUUCGAUCAGCAACAAAACCAAUCACCAUCGUUGUCAACGAACGAUUCUACAUCGACUGUAAUAACAAAUCCAUUUAUACCACCCAUGAUAUUAGUUUCCUAUACUCCGUUAGCAUUUUAUUGUAAUACUCUGUUAAAUGCAUUCAAUGAUUUACGUUUAUGUUGUCCAUUAUCAAUCGUUAAGAUAAUCAAAGAUUCAUUAAUAAAUUCGCUGUAUAAAAUAUCAAAACUAUUGUUUGUUUACUACAAUUCCGAAAAAGUGGCACUAACCAAAUUAGAAACUGAACAAUUUAUUGAUUUUUUAAAUAUUUAUGUAACUAUCUUGAUGCCAUAUAUCAAUAACUGUUUACAGGUUCUGUUUCCUGACCAACAAUUAGCGAAAGAAUUGGGUUUGUCAAUACUGGAUGUUAGUGAAAAAGCAAAAUUGAAUCGACUAAAUAUAGAUUAUUGUAUGGAACCAUUGAAAGAUAUACUUAGAAAUACAACACAUAAAAGCGAGACAACAAUACUACCAUCGUCAUCGACUCCACUUCCGAUCCAUGAGGAAUCAAGCAACAAUGCUGAAGAUCAAGUACAAUCAUCGGAGCAGCUUAAAGACACUGAAAAUGAAGAAAUACUUUUGAAAGAGGAAGAACAAAGUUCAGAUACGAAUGAUAAAGAAACUGUUAAUGAGAUUGCUGAAAAUUUGUGA